GUCCUGGUCCUGUGUUCUGGAGAAUCUUCCCUCAAACAUGGCCCUGAGCAGAGAAAUAUUUUAUUUUGCUUUUGCUUUGUUCUUCAUUAUAGUCCAACUGCCAUCAGGGUCCUGGGCAGGACUUGAGUAUUCCCAGUCAUUUCCAGCAGGUGAAUUUGCUGUGUGUGAGACAUGCAGGCUCGGUCGGGGGAAAUGCAGGAAGGCAUGUCUGGACACUGAGAAGAUUGCAGGAAAGUGCAAGCUAAACUUCUUCUGCUGUCGGGAGAGGAUCUGAACACACUGACCAACGCUCUUUGGGCCUUAGGCCCCUACUGAAUGGAUGUCUAAGGCAAGAUGUUCUGUGGCUUACCUGGGCCACAGUGGGCACGAUUCAGUUCCCUUCUCACCUCCCUUUUGUUUCUGUGCUUCAUUUUAAUUUUAAGAUGAUAAAAAUCAAAACAGCAAUGAAUGCCUUCUGUUCGCGCAAUCUACUUAUACUUCACAUUUCCAGAAUACUUGUAAGUUAAAUCUGCUCUCCAGAAUUUUCUCAUAUGGCUCAGGGUCACCUGAAAGAUCAACUUUAUCAUUCUUAUUUGUAUUUGAAGAAAUUGAGAUGCAGGACUGUUGCCUAAGGGAAGCUAGAGCUGGGAGACAUGGGGUAGUGUGUACAUCAUCACCUCAUUCUGUACAUCUCUCCAACAUACUAAUUAUCAUGGGAUUGUUAGGCAAAUGAAAGUGCCAUAUUCCUUUAUGCUGAUGCUAUUAUAGUUGUACAGAAUAUUCUUGAUGAGGAAAUGUAUUGUCCACUGAUUAUAACUAUUAUGAUGUAUUUUUAAAACAACUCCCAUCUACUCUGUUAAUGCCUAUGCUACUGAAUUUGCAUUGUUCUUUUUUCCUGCAAAAGAAAAUGGUUAGAGAUUAAUUAAAAUAUUCAUUUCCAUAGGAUA